AUGAAACUCAUUGGAAUGGAAACUAAUAUCUAUGAAGCAGAACAAAGCUCACCUUAUCUUACAUCUGCCAAGUGCCUGGGGACUCAAGAGGAAGCAAAGUAUGAAGAAUACCAAAGAAAGACGGAAAACCAGGCAAGUCCAUCUGAAUUUCAGAACAUUUUACCGGAACCCAAGUUGAAUUUGCUGUCCAUGUCAUCCUUAUUAGACCACAAUGAGACAUUCUUGCAACUUGACACAGCUUCAGGGCGUGUCAGUGCCACAGAUCAGUUUGAGACAAAGCACUUUUGUGAAGAAUUACUCUGUUCUGCAAAGCACAAGCCAAAGGAAAAUCCUUUAAACCUUCCUUUCCACACAGAAUGGCCAGUCUUUACAGGAAAAAAUUCAGAGAAGAAACUGGAAAGGAGCCAUGAGAUCAGAAUCAUAAAACACAAAACAAGUGCUAUCACAUUUUCUGAUUUUGAGUUUUUACCACAUGAAGCUAAUACUAAACUCCACAUCUGUGAGGCAGCAGAAGAGUUUUCGUCUGAAGAGGAAGAAGCAGGUCAUAGAGAUGACAAUGAUGUGUUUACAGAACUGCCACUGUGCAAGGCGUUUUUCAAUGGUCUUCAUAGAAGGAAUGUUUCUCAAAGAAAGCAAGCUAAAUAUGAACUUACCAAAUGCCAACACAUCUGUCAAUUAGAAGACUAUGAUAAUCUUUCUGACAAGGAAUUGAAGGAGCAUGGCAAGGAAGAAAAACACUUGGAGCCAGAGAUUCAACCCGAAAAAGGAUCUGAAUGGUCAGACUCUAUGUUGUGUCUUAUGAAGAAACUGGAACAGUUGAACUUAGAUAUUGAAGAAGCUCUGAGUGCUGGCUCCUCUCCCUCUAGUACUCCUUCUGCCAAAAGACACAAGCAGCUGUGCCCUGUUCAAGUGGAGACAGGCUUUUAUGGAGGUCAUCAAGAAAAGGGAUCUUGGAAAAAUAGAAGAGCAGACUGUCAGCAUCUAGACUGUUUGCCUUACCCACUGUCAGCUGGAGCACGACCUAAAACUGAUGGGCCAUUUCAGAAGCUAUGUAAGGAAAAAGCAGAAAUUGAAGCAAAGGAAGCGUGUGACUGGUUACGUGCAGCUGGAUUUCCCCAAUAUGCUCAAUUCUAUGAGAACUCCCAGUUUCCCAUUGAUAUUGCUGCAGUGAAGAAAGAUCAUGAUUUUCUUGACAAGGACCUUGUAGAACCUCUUUGCAGACGACUGAACACACUGAACAAGUGCGCCUCAAUGAAACUCGAUGUGAACUUCCAAAGAAAAAAGAGUGAAGACUCAGAUGAAGAAGACCUUUGUGCUAUCAGUAAUAAAUGGACUUUCCAAAGAACCAGCAGACGGUGGUCUCGGGUGGACGACAUUGAUGCUUUGCUUCACCAGUCAGACAGACAUGGAUCUUCUGGGGACAUUAAAAUGAAAAAUACAACAAGCAGUGAGAGUGUCCUUACAGAUCUGAGUGAACCUGAGGUCUCAUCUCUUCACAGCGAGAGCAGUGGGGGAAGUGACAACAGGAGUCAGUCAGGCAUCAGCAGUGCUGUCAGGGAGACCUGCGACUGCUCUGGCCAACAUGAUAUAGAAAACACUCUGCUGCAAGACUCCACUGCCAUAAACACGGCUCUGUCACCCAAGGACAGCUUGAAGAAUGAGAAACCAACACGAACCAAAGCAAAAACCUUUCUAAAACGCAUGGAGACAUUAAAAGCAAAGAGUGCUCAUGGAAAAGUAAAAGGCUCAGGAAGAACAGGUCCUUUAGAGAUAAGUGGACCUGUUCUCCAGUAUGAGCCGAAGUCCUUGAAAGACAUGCAUUGUAUACGGAUAGUCAAUGGUGAUCUCCAAAACUCAGGACAAGAGUCAGUCAGAAAAGGACUUUCCUUUUCUGUCAAAUCCAGCAGUGAGAGCAGUCAGUCUGAAAACAGCAGCAGUGGAGUGAGCACACCAUGUUUGAAGGAACGGAAGUGUCACGAAGCAAACAAGAGAGGUGGGAUGUACCUGGAGGACCUAGAUGUUCUGGAAGGAAUGGCCUUACGGCAAGUAGUGGACCAAAACCGCAAAAAUGAGUUUCAUUCCCAAGAGAACUUGGUUGUGCAUAUUCCCAAGGACCACAAACCAGGGACCUUCCCAAAGGCACUUUCUAUUGAAAGCCUCUCGCCUACAGACAACAGCAAUGUAAACUGGAGGACAGGCAGCAUCUCUCUGGGAAAGCAGAACUGUUUUACUCCAAGAGAGCCUGGAUUAAUGGCAGGCUGUCCUAAGGAGAGCAGAAUUAGUAUUUAUGACAACGUGCCCGGUUCCCACUUGUACGCUAGUACUGGGGACCUCCUGGACUUGGAGAAAGAUGUACUUUUUCCUCAUUUAGAUGACAUUUUGCAACAUGUCAAUGGACUCCAGGAGGUGGUAGAUGGCUGGUCAAAGAAUGUGUUGCCAGGUCUGCCAGUUGAUGUGUCGGUCAGAGAAUCUUCAUCGCUGCCUUUCCAGUCACCAACACAGAUCACACUCGAUUUUGAGGGGAACUCUGUCUCUGAUGGCCGGACCACACCAAGUGACAUGGACAGAGAUGGAACAUCCUUGAUUGAAUCUGAAGCCACUGGUGUUAGGGACAGAAGAGACUCUGGGGUUGGAGCAUCACUCACAAGGCCAAGCAGGCGAUUGCGAUGGCAUAGUUUCCAAAUCUCUCACCGUCUGAGCCACUCCAUUGCAUCACUUCACAUCAGCAAUCAGUCAGCAGCCCAACUGAAUCUACUGCAGAAAUUCUCUCUGCUUCGCCUUACUGCCAUCAUGGAAAAGUACUCCAUGUCAAACAAACAUGGCUGGACCUGGUCUGUGCCAAAGUUCAUGAAGAGGAUGAAAGUUCCUGACUACAAGGACAAGAAUGUCUUUGGUGUGCCUCUGAUAGUUCAUGUCCAAAGAACAGGACAGCCUCUUCCUCAGAGCAUACAACAAGCCCUACGCUACUUACGGAGCAACUGUCUAGAUCAGGUGGGUUUGUUUCGAAAAUCUGGAGUGAAAUCCCGAAUCCAGGCCCUACGCCAGAUGAAUGAAAGCUCCCCAGAAAACGUCAGCUAUGAAGACCAGUCAGCAUAUGAUGUGGCAGACAUGGUAAAGCAGUUUUUCAGGGACUUGCCGGAGCCUCUCCUCACGAGUAAGCUAGGAGAGACUUUUCUGCACAUCUACCAGUAUGUCCCCAAGGAGCAGCGGCUGCAGGCAGUGCAGGCAGCCAUCAUGCUGAUGUCGGAUGAGAACCGGGAGGUUUUGCAGACUCUGCUGUGCUUCCUGAGUGAUGUCACCUCUGUGGAGGAAAAUCAGAUGACUCCUAUGAACAUAGCUGUUUGUCUGGCCCCCUCUCUCUUCCAUCUCAAUAUAGUGAAGAAAGAAAGCUCACCGAGAGUAAUACAGAAAAAAUAUGCAACAGGGAAGCCAGAUCAGAAGGACCUCAGUGAAAACCUGGCAGCUACUCAGGGACUUGCUCACAUGAUAAUGGAAUGCAACAAACUUUUUGAGGUCCCGUGUGAGAUGGUCACCCAGUCACGGAACUCCUACGUUGAUGCAGAAGUGCAUUCUCCAACCCUGGACGAGCUUGGGAAACAAGUGGAUGAGGAAGGAGGGAACUAUCAGAUGUACCUGGAAAGUCUCAUGCAGAAUCUCCAAAAGGAAGCAAAGGAGAAGUUCAAAGGAUGGGUCACGUGUUCCAGUACAGAGAACACAGAACUCGCCUACAAAAAGGUUGGGGACGGGAACCCACUAAGGCUGUGGAAAGCCUCGGUGGAAGUUGAAGCCCCUCCAUCAGUUGUCCUGAACCGAGUGCUGCGAGAACGACACCUCUGGGACGAAGACUUCUUACAGUGGAAGGUGGUCGAGAGCCUGGACAAGCAGACAGAAGUUUACCAGUACGUUUUGAACAGCAUGGCUCCCCAUCCCGUCCGAGACUUUGUUGUUUUAAGGACCUGGAGGACAGAUUUGCCAAAGGGGAUGUGCAUGCUGGUUGCCAUCUCUGUGGAGCAUGAAGAGGCUCCUCUUAUGGGAGCUGUGCGAGCCAUUGUGAUGGACUCUCAGUACUUGAUAGAGCCGUGUGGUUCAGGAAAAGCCAGGCUGACCCACAUCUGCAGAAUUGACCUCAAAGGACGUUCCCCAGAGUGGUACAACAAAGGCUUUGGACAUCUGUGUGCAGCAGAAGUUGCCAGGAUCAGAAACUCAUUUCAGCCUCUGAUCGCCGAGGGACCAGAAACAAAAAUCUGAGGAAGUGUUCAUGGGAGCAUGUGAGCAUAAAUCAGGGUCUGGCAGGGAACAGGAAUGCUCAAAGCAAAGAUCUUAUUUAAGCUGCAGAAAUCUGACCAGACCUGGGUCUGUAACAAAGCUGAAAGAGGAAUUUAAUAGGAAAGUUCUUUUAUUCUGGAGACUUCACCUUCCCCCGCCACAUCCCUUCUGUACUAAUUUCAAUUAUCGAAGUAAACUUUUCUUCAGAGAGCUUUUAUCGUUAUUACUUCAAAAUCAGGCUAUUGCCAUUACUUGUGUGUUACAUAACUCUGGUAUUUAAAGGCUUCUAAGAAGCAUAUUUUAACUGUAAAUAACUUUAUGUACAGAUGUAUAUAUUUAUCUAUAUUUUAUCUAUAUAUAUGUAUAUGCAUAAAUUAAUUAUUUUGUAUAUAACUCAGUGCAAAUCACUUGCAUCAGUUGGACCUUGAGUGCAUCUCUCACUUGUUUCUUAGUGUGUCACUGCCACAUAAGCUGUGUUUGCUAUUGUCAGAGGGCCUCCAAGCAUAAUUCCUGUGAUGAGAGAGAUGCCUGUUCUCCAAUAUGUGUUGUGUCUGUGUGUGCUGUGAGAAGGUACCUAGAAAUAGAUGUAGGAAGAUUUAGAAGAACUGAGGAAGAAAGAGGUUACUGUACGUUUAAAAAUAACGAGGAGUGGGUCAGUUGCACCAAACAGAAUACAUGGAAAUGUAAUUGACAUAGGCAUUUUGAAGGCCUUUUAUAUUCAGCUGCAGAGUUGUGACUGUUAUUACAAGGUGUUGAACACUUGCUUAUUGCCUUAAUUAAUGAUAACUCUGCCAUUAGAGAACCUCAGUGUGCGCAGUGUUCACAGUGACUGCUCAUUCUUGGAGAGCACAGAUAGCAUUGUGUGCACUGAGGUGUUUGAAAUCAGACUGGCAAGUUAUUAAGCUGUAAAUCUCCCCCCCCCCCCCCCCUUCAGGAUUUUGUCUAGGUUCUGAAACCAGUCUGGAUUUCCAUAUUGUUCCUGCCUUCUCCUGUACAGAUGGCUAAUCAUUAAGAAACUCCAAAGCAAAUUUUGCACACCCAGUGGCCGUAAGGAUGUGCAGAUGAAUACCAUGCCUGUCAAUAUUCUUGUUGUACAAAGAGCUAAACUUUUUAAAGCUUUUACACACAUCCUGGAGACUAAAAAGACUAAAUGCAGACUACGCUUGUAAAGAUUGCUUUUAUAGUAACAGCAAGCAUUUCCAUAACAUACUGCACUGAUCUGCAUGAUCCUGCCUCUGUAAGCAUUGGUGGGAGCAAAAUUAGCCCCUGAACUAUGAGGAGUAGGAGCCAUUUAAGCUUAUUAUAUAAUUUCAUUUUCAAGGACCUACUAUUUUCCUACUGGAGUAAUGCUUUAAAAGUAAUAAUAAUAAUAAUAAUAAUAAUAAUUUGACAACAUUAUCUUUGAGGCAGAAUUCCAUUUCAGUUUUAACUAACCUAAGACCAAAAAUGCUAUUACACCUAUGAUUCAAUAAGAAUGUACAAGCAUGUUAAUACUGUUCUGUGUUAAUUGCAUUUGUUCACUUUGACUUUAUUUAUUGCUGCAGAAAUGGCUGAGGCAUUCAUAGCCAGUGUUUUAGUCCAGUCCUUCCAACAAAAUCCACUGAGAUUUACUAUGAGGUCAGGUAAGCAGGAUGCAUUUCCUACAUGAAGCUACGAUUUUAUGCCCUGACUCAGGAAACAGGGAAAUAUUUUCAAAGCCAGUGCUUUGAUCUGCCCCAGGUAGGGGGGCUGUGGGACGGACCAUGUGCGGUCCUUAAUAGCUGCUAGAGCAUGGUCCCGUGUGCCAUCGCACACAGCUAUAAGGACUGUGCUGCUAGGGGGCAGCCCUGCAAUCUAAGGAAGCAAGAUAGCAGGAGCUCAGGGUGGACAGGGGAUGAUGACCCUGUGGAGGAGCAGGACCCCAGAAAAGUCACUCUCAUCUUCCCACUGAGCUUGUCUCCCCCAUGUUUUAUUGUACAAGUCAUAGGAUCAGGGAGGGUGGCUGCCCAUGAGCUCCUGCUUGACUUUGUACCAGCAGUAGUUGCAUUCUGCAGCUGUUGUCUGGUUUUAAGUCUUAAGGGCAUGAGCACUUCCCUCUCUCUUCAUGGCCAUACUGAGGUCUGGCAGCCACCAGUGAGCUGCUGGUCCAGCCAGGUCCAGCCUUUCUUGGGAGCAAAUGAUAGCUCAUGAGCUGGCAGGUCAAGACCAGUCUCCUGGUUCCAGUGGGACUGCUAUCCCAGAAAACAGCCCCAAAUGCCUGUAGCCAUGGCAGCAGGCUUCAUGCCGGCUGUUUUUCAAACCAUGAGCAAUUAGAGCACUUCUGCUGCAUUGUUUGUGCAUAAAUGAAUAGAGCAGUGCCUCAGUAUUAACGGGUGCAGAAUUUCUGGCCCUGGGAGUGGCAAUUGCCUAACAGUAAAUAAUUUCUUAAGGAAAUGAAGGGAAAACCUGGACAGUGUUUUUAUCCUGUCUAACAAGCUCAGCUGGUAGGGGCCCUGUGCCACCUGUCGCUGUUAGCAAGGUAGGGGUUGCCCACCUACCCUUGGAGAAGCUCUGUCGUAUGCUUCUGAUAGCUCUAAGCCAUGUAUCAAUGAAAUAAGAGUUCUUUACAAUGCACAUUAUGCCAUGUCUACCAUUCAGCUGCCACAGUAUUUUGUAUUGUUACAUUGCCGUUGAGAAUACAUUAUGAUAACUGCAUUUUUAAAUGUUAUACUCAUAUCAAUACCUCAUAUUUUUACCUCAUCUGUUGGUAUCAGUCAUUAGUUGUAAAUAAAUAAUUGCAGAGUUGAAUAAAUUUGCAUACAGUAAAAA